GGACGCAGCACGUGAUUGGUUCCUGGUGCCGUGACGCUGCACUCCGCGGUCCUUUUAUUCAGGCGGCUGCCGCGCUCACGCGCAGGGCUCGUGGAGAAGUCGGUGACAGGAGCAGAGCGUCCUCGUGAAGGCGAAGGUGAACUGAUCUGCAGCACAGCUGAACAUGGCAGCCGCUGAAGACAUCCAGGUCAAGGAGCUCGACAAGCGGGCUUCCGGCCAGGCGUUCGAGGUCAUCCUGGGUGCCCCCACCCCUGAUGCCAAAGGGGACUUCCCCCUGUCUCCUCCCAAAAAGAAGGAUGUCUCCCUGGAGGAGAUCCAGAGAAAGCUGGAUGCCGCGGAGGAGAGACGCAAGAACCAUGAAGCUGAGGUUCUGAAGCACCUAGCGGAGAAGCGAGAGCACGAAAAGGAGGUGCUACAGAAAGCCAUGGAGGAGAACAACAACUUCAGCAAGAUGGCGGAGGAGAAGCUCAACCAGAAGAUGGAGGCCAACAAGGAGAACCGCACUGCCCUCAUGGCCGCCAUGAACGAGAAGUUCAAGGAGAAGGACAAGAAGUUGGAAGAGGUGCGAAAGAACAAGGAGACCAAAGAUCCCAACUCGGAAGAGGGCACCUCGGAAGACUGAAGGCUGCGGACGGCUGCAAAAAAAUCAAAGGAAAUUAUCCUCUUGGGAAGCAUGUUUCUAUGCAUCAGCCUUUUAUUUCCACCCCUUCCAUAUUUGGAGGCGUUUUUCAGCGCGCACUCUACACUCAAAGUAGCACAAAGUUGGACGAGUAUCACAAGUGUUUCUAGUGCUGAGGUUGCUCCUGCUGCUCAUGCUUGUGCUCUUCCCUACCCCACUCUCCAUAAUCAUUGCUUUUUGUAUUGAAUAAAACUACAAAAGAUCUUCAAAGCACAUCAUGCUGUGAAUUUAACAUGCAAGUAGAGGAGGAUCAUCACUCAGCAGGGGUCCAUGCAGGCAAAGAGCAAUACCCUCUGGCAUCUCAACAAGUGUCUAUUUGACUGGAACUGUUGUACUAAAAUAAAAACAAACUGAA